AUGGAGCCCCGCGGCGGUCCCCCGGAGUAUUUCCUCGAGAUCUUUGCCGACUCCAACUCUGUCAAGGAUGUGCUUAAAGGCGUCCUGAACCUCAUCUUUUUCCACCGUUACUUCCCCUCCAUUCGACCGGGCUCGGUGGACAUUCUCGAUCUCACGCUACCAACCGUGAACGACGUAGAACUCGAGACUCUCAUCGACUCGCGAGUAAACGCCUUGGUGCGCCAGCACCUGUCCACAUCGUCCAACUCGUACAGCGCCGGAAAUGGCGUCCGCGGAAGGAUCGCCGUUGAAUUCUUCGAAAAGAAACGGCGCAAGUCUUCCGGGCUAUGGUUUGGCGGCUUGGCCGGCAAGGGCGGCGAUGAGGAGGUAUGCUGGGAGAUUUGGACGUUGGAUGUGACAAUCGCGACGCCGCGGACAGAAUCCGAACGAGCCAAAGUGCGCAAAGCAAUGGAGAACAUGCUCCAAAAGGCGGCGCUGAAAAUCCUCACCAAUGUCAAUCGCGAUAAGGACCAUAUUCCGCCCAUCACAACAAGCGACUCCAAUCCUUUCCCUUACCGCAUCGUCCUCAAUCCUCGGACGGAUAGUUGGGGCAAUCGUAUCAGCUUGUAUUGA